AAUUUUGUAGCCGCAAAUGUUUGAAAAGUUAAUGAAGUGCAAAAAUGUUUGCUGUCACUGCAGCCAAAUUACUGUGAACGCUUUGAUUUGCGGUUGACCCCACGAGCUCUUGCUCUUGCCCUUGCCCUGGUAAAUCGGUAAUCGCCUUCUAUUUUUUUUUUUGGUUGCUUGCUGCUGUCGACUGCCAAAGUGAAAAUUGUGAAAAUUGCUGCUGCACACGGAUUAGUCGCAUAGCAAACAGCAAAGAGCAAAACAGCAACAAGAACUGAAAUCGACAACAGUGCCAACUACGCAUAGAUCAAACGUCAGAGAUUGUCACCGAGUCUGACGCCCAACAUCGUAGCCAUCAUUCAUUCCUAACUUUUGCCGCAAUGGAACCCAACUUGCUGUAAGCUGCCCGCAUCGCAUCUUGCAUCUCUGCAUCUCAGCAUCUUUGCAUGAACCAUUUUGUAUAAAGCAGCAUAAUCCAUCAUAUAUAUAAACACACCACACACACACAUCACGUAACCCACAUUCAAUAGCCAUAAUCCGAACGUGAGUCUGUUGUAAUUCCCCGACUCGGAUUCGUCGUUGACAGAAAACAGCUGCUGCUGAAGAACCAUCAGGACUCCAUCUACCAGACGCAGUCGCAAUUCCAGUGCCCAUCGCUCUGCAUGUCCAUGGCCGACAGCAGGGAACGCAUUCGCGGUCCAUCGCGCGAUGGUCGCGAAUUCCUCACCAGUCCACGUCAAGUGCUGCGUCGCCUCAUGCUCCUCUCGGAGGGGCGACAGUAUCGUGAAGCUGCUGGCGUUGUGGGUCGUCUAGGGCCAUCGGUGCUGCACUCUGUGAUUGCAGAGCUGCCCAUUGAUCUGCUGCUCGAACACUUGCCACACAGCGCCUAUCUGCUGGAGUCUUUCUACACAAGAUUAACCACACUGAACACGACACCCAAGCCGGAUGUGCCGAGUGAGACAGUCGCCUGGCAGCUGGUGCGUCUCUUUGCCAAUCCCCACGAGUCGGGAUUGCGGCAACGUUGCUCGAAGCUGCUGCACGCCCUGGCUCAAUACGAACCAAGUUUGAGACAAACGUUGCGGGAACGUCGUCGGAGCUUUGACAAUGCGGUGCAAGGAUUGGGCGUCCAUGGUCUGACGACAGAUGCGUCGGGACAGCUGAUAUCGUUGCAUGUGGCGCUGAAGACGGAGCUGCAGCGUCACGUGGACACCUACAAGAUGGCCAUACACAAGCUGGAGGAGCUGAGCAUGGUGACUGUCAAUCAGGAUCCGGCACAUUCCUCCCAUCAACGUCUGCUCGCCAUCAACUAUGGCGACAUUCAACAGCGUCUGAUUGACAACAAGACGCUGUUGACGAUGCUCGAUAAGCCAGCACUGAAGCAGCUGUACACGCUGGUGGAGAAUCUUAGCACACGUGUGGAGAACGACAAGGAUGUGCUGUCGUGUGUGGGUCAAGUGAAGCGUCUCGAUGCGCAGGCACACAUCGAGAAGCGUCCGGCUGCCGGUCUCCUCAUGAAUUUCUCGCGCGGCUGCGAAGUUGUGUUGCACAUGAUGGGACCCGAGAGUCUGCCUCCCAGCCCGGUGGCUGUCAUCAAGUCGGCGUCGACGGCUGCCACAGCCGGUGGUGGCAGCAACAGCAGCUGCAGCGAUGGCUACCACUCCGACGACUCGGCCAGCGAGGAUGGCAGCGAAAUGGUGUCACACUAUCGAAAUCUCUACAUCGAGAAUCGCGCAGACGCCCUGGAGGCAUUGGACAGCUUGCCGCAGCUCAAGCACGCACACAGUCUGAAGGGCAAGAUACUCUUCUCCAUGAUUGUGCUUUCUUUUCGCCUGUGCCACGGCAUGCGGGAACGCAAGGUGCUGGAGGUGCGCCGUGUGCUCAACUGCGCACUGGACAGCAGCAGCGAGACGACGCUGGCCUUGGAUCGUUCGGUUCGCAAUCAUCUGCACGAGACCACAGACAGUUUUCCGCUGGGCGAGAUUGAGCGAUCGGUGUUCAAUCAGGUGCUGUCCACGCUGCACGAAUAUCCCUGCCUGGAAUCCUGUCCACCCUUGACACACUUUGUCAGCGCCUGUGUGCGACUCGCCUGGCGCAUGAUCAACCAAAAGGCGCCCUAUUAUCUGGACACUGAUUUCAAUCUGGGUUUUCUGCGUCCGGAGAAGCACGAACGGCAUCCGCAGUCGGAUCGUCGCUCGGAUCUGAUCAAGGCCUUCCUCUGGCCCGCGCUCAUGCAGAACAAUCAGUGCGCCUUCAAGGCCGUUGUGGCCACUUGAGCUCUGCUC